AUGGGUGUUCCAGCGAUUUUGCAGCUUGUUGGUGUUGAGAUUCCCAACAGAAGACGCUCCUCAAGCUCUAAAUGGUUGGAAUCGCAGCUUCCUUCGCCAAUGCACCAAUAUGAUCGACACUUCAGGGUGAGAUUUCUCCGACCGACUGAAUAUGAUUCGUCUCUGCUGGUAGUGAAACUUGGUACAUUUUGGAGUGCAGUGUCCAGCCUGAUACUCGACCGCGGCAGCGUAGUAGCUUCGCGAAUGCAGGAGCGCCAUCGAUCCGUGCUGGCUCGUAGGACCUCGUCUCGACCGGGCUCCGUGGGAGCCGGAAAGGGCAGCCCAUUUCUUCUAAUAGACAUGGCUCCGCGUCAAGCGAAACACUACAAAGGAAGACGGCAGCAGCCGUCUACGUUGCAGAUUAAAGGGAAUGUGAGCCGACCUCGAGGCAUCCGGAAAGAACUCCAGAGUCCCUGCCGAACAAGGGACCGCUCCUAUGAGGAAGGAACCAUACCAACCAGCCGAUCCCCACUUCCAGCGAGUUGCCCUCCUAUAAAGACCCAGAACCCCCUAAACUUUCAAGUGAAUGACCAUAGACGAAAGCGAGCGUGUGAUACGGGGGAGCCAUUUGGGCAUCAUGUCAAACGUCUUGACAAGCGACAGCGUACUCUUACCAACGCUGGUGAAGACGCAGUGAACGGGACCAGUGAACCAACGAACGCCGAUCUCCCUCUGGUUGCCCAAACUGUCGAUCCAGAUAUUCUCCACAGUCUACCAAUAUCACCGCCAAGGUGUAAACAUAAACGACAGGAUCCCGAACCUAAGCAUUUACCUGAUAAUUCCAAUCCGCCUUCAAAGCGGCCACGAACCGACAUCAAAUUCACAGAAUAUUGGGCGCUUCACGAAUACGAGUGGCCUCAAGAGCCUUUGGGACCCGAUCCUAUGGAGCACUUUAUUGCGCGAUCGAAAACUCCAUCUCUUCGCCGGACGGAGUCAAGUGGUAGUUUGAACACUGCGAGCGAAACGAGUUCACGAGAAGCGAAGAAUAGACCUUACACUGACAAGAACUAUGAUACAUAUCUUGAGACUAAGGGCUGUUUUAUGUAUGACCAUGAUGAUGGUAUUGAUGGUGACAGCAGGUCUGUCUGUCAUCAAAUACUGAACGCGAAUCCCGAGGUCCCUAAGGAAACUGUGUUUCAAGAAGGCGAUUUUGAGUCAACGUGUCGAAGGAUGCAAAGGAAAAAUGAGACUGGAGUUAUUCGCAUUAUUGGUGAAUUAAUCGUUCCGUCAGCAGAGAGUGCAAUUGAUCUCGGUCGGGUCACAUUCCCGCAUUUGGUUGUCAGUGUGAAUGAAGGUUGGGAUAGCUCGAUUUCUCUUGAUGAAUCUCAACAAUUACCACGAACUUUACCGUCUUUACAAGCUCCGCAGCCUUCGCGAUCUCCACAAUUUCGAUUACCAAAGCCGCAGCCGGAUUAUGCUGUGGGUUUCACCCGACAGGUUUUUACUGAAACUCAGCUUGAAAAGCUUGCACCUUUUGUCGGCGAAAUUGGUGACACUUCUUUCUUUAUGAGUACGGCAUUCAUGUACUUUCCGUUUAUGACAGCUGAAGUGAAGUGUGGAAAGACAGCACUUGAUAUAGCAGAUCGACAGAAUGCGCAUAGCAUGACCCUCUCUGUAAGAGGUGUUGUCAAGCUCUUCAGGCUUGUGAAGCGUGAGAAGGAGCUACAUCGACAGAUUUUGGCCUUUUCAAUUUCGCAUGAUCAUCGAAUGGUCCGGAUCUACGGUCACUAUCCAGUAAUCGAUGGAAAGAAAACUACCUAUUAUCGGCAUUCCAUUCAUGAGUUUAGCUUCGCAGCGCUGGAUGGCAGAGAGAAAUGGACAUCUUAUAAGUUCGUGAUGGGUGUGUAUGACGACUGGCAGUCCGAGCCGAGUUUCUCAGAAUCAACCGGGCUUUCACAGGGGAUUGAAGGUGUCGAUGUCCCAAGACUCAAGUCUUACAUCUAUAUUGGGAGAGGAAACCCGGCCGACUCUUCCCAUCUCACAGGUUGCUCCCUCGCGUGCUCCUCCAGUAACGCGGGGAAAUGA